ACUUUUACUUUCGUUGUGAUCCUAGUCGUGUGAGAGUCAAGGUUGGAUCGAGGGACAUCGAGGAAGGAUGCAGAAGAUUGUCUUUUCUACGUGGUGGUUCAAAAGCUGUCUCUUUCUCGGAGUCGUCUGCCUCGUCGGGAUCGUCCUUUUCCUUACUCCUCUCCCAGAUUUACACUUCGCUUCCUGUGAUAGGCCUUGCCAUGAGCUCGACUGGCCUAUGAUAUGCCGGUUCCGGAUUACUUUAGAACAGCACCAGCCUUUGGGGGGUUUGUGCGGCGACUGCCCUGCUAACAUAUCCCACUGCUUUCGUUUCGGAUGCAUGGUCGCCGAAGGAAAUUCAAAGCGGAUACUGACGGCGAACAAACAGCUUCCGGGUCCCUCAAUUCAGGUCUGCCAGAAUGACAUCAUACUUGUUGAUGUCGUCAACCGUCUUCCCGGACAGGGUGUCGCUAUUCACUGGAGGGGUCAAAAACAGUUUGAGAGCCCUUAUAUGGACGGGGUACCCAUGAUCACACAAUGCCCCAUUUCCAGUUAUACGACCUUCCAGUAUAAAUUCAGGGCUUCAGAAGCCGGCACACAUUUGUGGCAGUCGCACACUGGUAAUGAAAUCCUAGAUGGAAUAUUUGGUGCAUUGGUCGUCCGGAAAGCAGAUAGGACAAAUGAACACAGACGACUGUAUGACAUAGAUGACAAAAGUCAUAUGAUAAUUCUUAACCAGUGGAAGAGUUCAGUACGGCAAUCCGAAGGCGCACAUAUACUUGUUAACGGAAUUGCAAGCAACAAUGAUGCUUUAGUACCAAUUCUUAAAGUGAACAAAGGGUUGAAAUACCGAAUAAGGGUCGCUCAUGCUGGAGAUGGAAAUGCCUGUCCAUUCUUUGUAUCACUCAAAGAACACCAACUUUUAAUUAUAAGCCUUGAUGGAAAUCCUAUCGUUCCCAUCUACACAAAAUCAAUUGAAAUCACCCAAGGGGAGAGAUUCGAUUUUAUAAUGGACGCGUCUAAGGAAGGAGGCGAGUACAAAUUGGAGGUGCGCUCUAACUGUACAAAAUCAAUCGGAGUGGCCAAGUUCAUCUACAACACGACUGUUGAUGAAAUGAUGGAAUCGGAAAGCAUCGAACCGAUGACCGGAACAGUGCAGACUUCGCUUGUGAGCACAGUAUUUAACAAGAAGUGUGCAAAGGAUUCGAAUGUGAUGUGCAUUCAAAAGAUUCAUUCUUUUGACAAGAUGCCAAGCGAGUUGGCCAAAGAAAAAAUGGAUGUGACUCUGUACUUGCCUUUUGACUAUCUUGCGAUAGCUGCCGGGGCUGGAAAAAGUGAAGCGAUACCCAGAAUGGACAACAUAACGUUCAUGUUUCCUUCUUCCCCAUUGGUCAGCCAGUAUGAUGACACCACAUACCAUGAAAUCUGCCGGAAGGACAGACUCCCUGACAGAUGUAUGAACGAACAAGUUUGCGAAUGUGUACACACGAUACACAUCCCUCUCAAAGCGAAAGUUGAAAUUAUUCUCAUUAAUCAGGAUAAGGUGACGCAAGCUGAUCAUGUUUUCCACCUUCAUGGACACCAUUUUCAUGUUGUUGGAGUCACAGAUAACGUGAAAGAACAGAACGUUGAAGUUCUUAAACACCUGGAUGAAAAAGGCUUGCUGAUGAAGAGGAAUCUUCUCAACCCCAUUGUGAAAGACACAGUAGCAGUGCCUAGAAAUGGAGCUGUUGCGCUUCGAUUUAUUGCAAAUAACCCAGGCUAUUGGCUUUUGCAUGAUCAGAGUGCCUCUCAGUGGGCAAGUGGCCUCGAUGUUGUGCUCAAAGUUGGCGAAAACUACAAUCUUCCAUCAGUCCCUGACAACUUUCCGAAGUGCGGCAGUUGGGUCGGUCCGCAAUUCUUCCUCAUUUGAUCUCAAAUUUAUUCUAUUUUGGUUCAUUAUGUUAAUUUACGUUUGGUGUAAAUAUUGUAAAGCUCCUAUUUGUAAAUAUAAUUGUUUCAUUUUAAGUACCUCUAAGCAAGUUUUUUGUAUAAACGUUUCUUAUUAUUUGUAAUGUUGUUUUUAUACGAAUCAGUCGCUUUGUGCCAACGGUUAUGAGCAGUGGCGAAAUGUAUAAAGUAACAAUUAUUAAAUUAUGCUCAUAAAGUUAUUUUUUUCUUGUAAGUUGUUUUGAUAAAUAAGACUAUUUAAAUAGGUAUAUAAAUAGUAAAGAACAACAAUUAAUACCAACUAAUUAAUUACUAUAAGUAAGAAAACAACUUAUUUGUUACAUAAAAAUUUUGUUCCCUUUAAUCAUUAAAUUAU